AUGGAAUUGGUUAACAACGAGAACGCUCAGAACCCAUUUGAUGUUAUUACCAAGACAAUCUUGGAAGGCCUUAAAGCUCUGCAAAAACCAGCGAUAGCCGCAGUAAUGGUGAGUUUGUUGCUCGUGUAUGAUCCCAAUUCAGCAUUGGCUGCUUCAGGUGGGAGAAUGGGAGGAAAGUCAUUUUCAUCGUCGUCGUCUUCAUCGAGGAGCUAUUCGGCCAGGACGGCCGGCCCCAGUUUUUCGAACACGGUGCCGUAUUAUGCGCCCUCGCCUUUCGGGUUUAGUGGUGGUGGUUUUUAUGUAGGUCCAGCAGUUGGUGUUGGGUCGAGUUUCUUCUUCAUUAUGAUGGGUUUUGUGGCAUUUAUUUUGGUUUCGGGUUUCUUAUCUGAUCGGUCUGAGGGUGGUGUGCUCACUGCUACUGAGAAAACAAGUGUUCUCAAGCUGCAGGCUUUGGAAAUGAGGGCUAGUAAGAAGAAGGGAGCAAAUAAGGAAGAAAUCUUACCUGAGAGCCAUAGGAGCUACUACCGAGAAAUCUACAACCAGUUAUGUAGAGAAGCUUUAACCACUAGCUAA